AUUAGCCAGCUCCUCUGAAGGCAAACACUCAUUAUCAAGCUCUCACAGCCACCUGCUCUCCAGCAAUGCCUCCAGACUUUGACACCAACAUGAAGUUCAAGUUCUCGAUCCUGGCGCUUCUUCUGGAAGUGAUUGUCAUCAUUUUGUAUGGGAUAUUUGUGGAUUAUGACUCAGAUCCUUCUAGCAUGUUAUACCCACACUUUCAGGAUGUCCAUGUGAUGAUAUUUGUUGGAUUUGGUUUCCUGAUGACCUUUCUGAAGAAAUAUGGAUUCAGCAGUGUUGGUUUCAACAUGCUCAUUGCCGCCUUCGGUCUCCAGUGGGGAAUCCUGAUGCAAGGAUUUUGGCAUAUGGAAAGAGGGAAAAUUUCUGUUAACAUCGAAAGCAUGAUAAAUGCAGACUUCAGUACAGCAACUGCUUUGAUUUCAUUUGGAGCACUCCUGGGGAAAACAAGUCCCAUUCAGAUGCUGAUCCUGACUCUUCUGGAGAUCACAAUGUUUGCAUGCAAUGAACAUCUAGUUACCAAAGUAUUCAAGGCUACAGAUGUUGGAGCUUCGAUGACUAUCCAUGCUUUUGGAGCUUAUUUUGGUUUGGCUGCAGCUUUCGUCUUGUACCGUCCUGGUCUGACAAACAAACAUGAUAAUGAUGAAUCCACCUAUCACUCAGACAUGUUUGCCAUGAUUGGUACCCUGUUCCUUUGGCUUUUUUGGCCCAGUUUUAACUCUGCCAUUGCAGAAGCCCAGGUUACAGCCAUUAUCAACACUUACUACUCCUUGGCUGCCUGUACCAUCGUAACAUUCGCCCUCUCCAGCUUGGUGGACAAAAGAGGCAAAUUCAGUAUGGUUCUCAUUCAAAAUGCCACCCUGGCAGGAGGUGUGGCAGUGGGUACCUGCGCUGACCUGGAAAUCCAUCCUUUUUCUGCCAUGUUCAUUGGCGUCAUUGCUGGAAUUGUCUCUGUCCUUGGGUUCCAGUUCCUGACUCCUGUGAUGGCAUCCAAGUUGAGAAUUCAAGACACUUGUGGAGUUCAUAACUUACAUGGUCUACCUGGAAUUCUGGGGGGCAUUGCUGGCAUUGUAGUGACUGCGAUAAAAACAGAAACUAGGAAUGGUCACACGCUUACUCCUGCCAUGCAGGCUGCUGCCCUGGGAAGUACACUUGCAAUUGCAAUUGUGGGAGGAGCACUCACAGGUGCUAUUCUAAAGAUCCCCUUCUUGGGACAAGUAUCUGACCAGAACUGCUUUGAUGACUCUGCUUAUUGGGAGGUUCCAGAGGAGGAGACAGUGCCUGAAAUUCACUCCAGCCACCGUGAUGAGCACAGCAGAUUUGAAGCUGCCAUGUAGAAAAAUAAUUAAUCUGCAGUAUUUGUCCUAAUGAUGUUCUUUUCUGUUUCUAAUGCUAAGAAACAAUGAAACAACAUCCAAGUAUUGUCCCAGCCACACCAGAUUUUCAAGGAAAGGCUGAAGAUAUGUAUAUUUUUGUAAAAGAAAACAAGUUUGAUUUUAGAUUACUUAGUCAUUAUACCAAGCUCAGGUGAAUAAAUUAGGUCCUUGUUCAUCAGAAAAAGGCACCACAAAUUGCUCUUUAAAAUUAUCUAUAUUUUAUCUUUUGUUGUCGCUGACAACAAUAUAGCUGUUUAAAUAAACUUUGGGUUUCAAGAUUAUUACAGGACAAUAUAUUUAAUUGUGAGACUUCUGAGUUACAUCCUUCAACUCUAUAGGGGUAAUCAAGAGGAAAUUAAUUGAUAUUUUUAUAUGGACUUGAACAAACUUUCACCAGAGUAUCCCAGCUUACAUUUUUGAGAAAGUGUGUUGUCCUGUUCUCUGAUGGAGGAGAAAGCAUGCUGUAUUUUGAAGCUUGAUUAUGACUGAAAGCAAAAUGUUGAAAUAAUUCUUAUGUCAAAGCACAGAAUACAGUGAUUGAUAAGGCAAUAUGAGUAUCAAGAUUCAUUGUUAAUAUGUUUAUUGAAAGAGAAAAGAAAGUGAAAUUGUAAAAAAAUCAUUAUUGUCAUAGAUCUAUUUAUUUAUUAUCAUAGAUUUAGUUAGUUUCAAGGACAUAAUAAGAGAACUGUGUAGGAGCUAUGAAAACCAAGUGAUUGCAUAAUAGGUUUUAUUCCAUUCAACAGUAAUAAGUGGAUUGUAGCAGUGUUAAUGUCAAGAAAUAUAACCUGAACUAAUGCCAGCUCCAGAAAAACAUGAGUUGUUUGGAACUGAUUGGAAAGAAAUUAUGUUCAACCUGCAGAAGACUGGGCAGAGAGCUUCCAUGGGGCGAGUCACUGACUCUGAAGUCUCUUUCUCCUAAAAGAAGGGAAAGCAAAAAGAAGAAAACUGAAGCUAAAUUAAGGGAAAUUAACUUCAUCAGAGAAGUGGUGACAGCAGCUGCUCAGUUCAGAGACAAAAACUGAGGUGUCUGAAGGAACUCCAUGAGGUGCCUUGGUGCAUGGGAUAAUCCAUUGAGAGACAAUGGAUGGGAAGUGGAACUCCAGCAGAAGGAACACAGUGCCUCAAUCCAUCAUUCAUGGGAAGCUACUGCUGAUGUCUGAAUAACAGGCCAAAGAGGGUGAACUUUCAACCUUUUUUUUAAUACUAGGAUCUUAUUUCAAGUUUUACUUAUCAGACUUAAGGGAAAAAUUCCUCUCAUAUAAAAUGGCACAUACAUUUUCAUUUCUGCUCAUGUAUUUUUCCUUGAAAAUCUUUAGAAAGAUACUAGGUAGGGCUGUCCCAUAUGUUAUACCUGCUGUAUACUGCUACAUAUGUCAGAUUUCUAUCCAUUAAUAAAAAUACAUUUGUUGUAUCACA